CAUGAAGUUGUAGCCCGCAACUAAUGUCCGAGACGCAAAACCCUAAUUUCUACUAUUGUCGCCCACUUCAACUCGCACAGCUUCUUCCAAGACGGAGCAGCAAUCUCCUCCUCUUUCUCUACACGAGCCAGAUCAUCCAGCGACAAAAUGUCCGGUGAGGAGGCUGCCGUUGCUGUUGAGUCGCCUGCACCUCUUGGUGAGGCCCUGGACUUGAUGGCUGCAUUGCAGCUAGUCCUCAGGAAAUCUUUGGCUCACGGUGGGCUUAUUAGAGGUCUUCACGAAGGUGCAAAAGUGAUCGAGAAGCAUACUGCCCAGCUCUGCGUAUUAGCAGACGACUGUAACCAGCCGGACUAUGUUAAACUUGUCAAAGGCCUUUGUGCUGAUCAUGGAGUUGGCCUCUUGACUAUUCCUAGUGCUAAGACCCUUGGCGAGUGGGCUGGUUUGUGCAAAAUCGAUUCUGAGGGCAAGGCCAGGAAGGUGGUUGGUUGCUCUUGUGUUGUGGUUCAGGAUUAUGGUGAGGAGAGUGAAGGUCUUAAUGUUGUUCAGCAACACGUCAAGUCUCACUGAAUAGAGGUGGAUCAUAAUUUGUAGAGAUCUUUUUCAAUUUUUUUCAUGAUACCCCCAUCCUUCGGGGUUUUUGAUUCUUUGUUGCCGCAUUUACUUUAGAUCGAAUCGUUUCUAUUUAUUGCGGUGAAACACCCUUUCUUGAUAUAUUGACAUGCGGGAUAUGCAAACACUUUGAGCAUUCAAAGUAAAGCUGUGGUGGAUUUUAUGGA